UGGCGAAAAGUAUUUUAAGUAUUCCUGCAGUGUUUUAUUCAUAAAUAACACUUUCUCUCAUAACGCAGUGAAACAGUCGCUGCAUGGAGUGCAUAAUCGAUCUUAGAGCGAGUCGAUGGGCCUAGAAACGUCGCACGUAGAAGCUAUCCCUUAAGCAACCGCCUAAGUGAUAGUUCGAGAACACACGUAGAAAAGUAAACAACUUUAGUAAGGUAUACCCUAGAGCAGGGGUGUCAAACUGAACUCCCAGGGGGCCGCAUUGUCUACAGGUUUUUGUGGUUGCUUUCAAUCAGCUGUCAAUUAAGGCCUUGGGAACAAGGUGUGUGGAUUGCUUAGCCAAUUAAAGACUUAAAUGAACCACAGGUGCCGGGAACAACCCGAAAACCAGCAGACACUGCGGCCCUCCAGGACUGGAGUUUGACACCUGUGCCCGAGAGAGUCUUCGUAAAGCGAUAAGAGACACCGUUAUUGGGAAACACCCCACUCAUCGGGAGGUGAGGAAAAGAUGAAAGAACGGGUCCCAACCACAAAGGCAAUUUAAACGAUGGAAAAUUUUUUGUGAAUUUUAGUGAAUCUUGGAACCACCUCUGAUAAAGAAACUGCUUGGAUCGUGUGCAGGGGGGCGCAACUCCAUCCUGAAAAGGAUCCGCCCUUUUUGAACACCCUUGAUAAUGUACCAUAGAAAUGUUCAAGAAACAAGGACGUCCCAACAGGAGAGUGGAGAAGCAAGCUAAACGUGGUGAUCCGAAUAAAGGUUCAUCAUGUCACGUCGGCUACAUGCUCGCAGGCUCGAUUGUGCGGGCAAUUACUACUUAUGGGUGCAAUUCACUCAGCUGGCUGCUGAAUACAAGGCUGUAAACCUUGGUCGGGGCUUUCCUGAUUUUUCCCCACCCAGCUUUAUUCAGGAAGCCUUCUGUCAAGCUAUGAGUGGGGGAUCUUCGCUUCAUCAGUACACUCGUCCAUUUGGCCAUCCACCCCUGGUGAAAAUUCUUGCAAAGUUCUUUGGAAGGAUUGUGGGCCAGGAGAUUGACCCAUUUGAGGACAUCCUGGUCACUGUGGGUGCUUAUCAAGCUCUGUUCUGCACAUUUCAGGCACUGGUGGAUGAGGGAGAUGAGGUGAUAAUUAUUGAACCGUUCUUUGUCUGCUACCAGCCAAUGGUUAAAAUGGCUGGUGGGAAAGCUGUCUACGUGCCUUUAAGACAGAACAAAGAGACAGGAAAGGCCAUGUCCAGUGCAGAUUGGGUUUUAUCUCCUAAGGAGCUGGCAAGUAAAUUCACAGAACGCACAAAAGCCAUUGUCCUGAACACUCCCAACAACCCCCUGGGAAAGGUGUACAAGCUGGAGGAGCUACAGAUGAUUGCUGACUUGUGUGUUAAACAUGAUGUGGUGUGCAUCAGUGAUGAGGUGUAUGAGUGGCUCACCUACGAUGGUGCAACGCAUGUGAAAAUAGCCAGCCUUCCAGGAAUGUGGGAAAGAACAGUUACCAUUGGAAGUGCAGGGAAGAGUUUCAGUGCCACAGGAUGGAAGGUGGGCUGGGCAAUGGGUUCUGGGCGCAUUUUAAAGCACCUGAAAACCGUCCAUCUGAAUACUGUCCACUCUUGUGCCACAGCAGCUCAGGAGGCGGUUGCUCAUGGAUUCCAGAGGGAGUUUGAGUGUUUUGGGAAACCAGAGAGCUACUUCGUCCAGCUGCCUGAAAGGAUUCAUCACAAGCGUCAGAAACUGGCCCAGUGUCUGGUGGAUGUGGGCCUACAACCCAUCAUGCCAGAGGGAGGAUACUUCAUGAUAGCUGACAUUUCAUCUAUGAAUGUGGACUUUCAUGAUUCAAGCACAAAAGAUGAACCUCGUGAUUGCAGAUUUGCCAAGUGGCUCAUCAAGAAUAAGGGUUUGGCCACAAUACCAGUCUCUGCAUUUUACAGUCUGGAACACUGCAAAGACUUAGAAAAUUACAUCAGGUUCUGCUUUGUCAAGGAAGACUCCACACUAAAUGCUGCUGAGAAAAUCCUGAAGGAGUGGAGCAAGCAACAAAGAAAAGAGUAGAAACAAACCUUCAGCAACCGAGCCACAAUGUUUCAUAUCCAAUGGCAUUUCGGCAGUUCCCCAUCUUUGAUAUCAGAUUUGCCUUUUUAGUGCUAACUCUUUUUUUGUGUGUUGACUCUUAUCUAUUCUAAUACUAAUACCUGCAUUCAAUAUUCAGACCCCUUGAAGGUAAUAAAUAUUUUCUGGAUAACAAA